AUGAGGGGGUCUAAAGCGCUCCACAGGCACCCUGGGUGGAGAGGAGUAGAUGAUGACCGUGCAACAGGAGGGGAUGUCGAGUCCCUUGAGUACGACGAAGAUAAUGAUUUGCCCGACCUCAUCAUGGAUAUCGAAGAUGACGUCUUGGAUGAAGGGGAUUACGAGGAGGUCGAAAUCCAAAGGGCAUCUGCCGGUGAAAAGAGGGUCCAAACUAUCUUCACGGCAUUGGCAAUCGCUGGUGUUGUCGCCUGUGUGGUCCUACUUUGCCUAGUGGCAUACUUUGCAACAAACUACGUGCAUGCCUCCGAGGAUUUAAACAUUGUGAGGGACAGCCUGCAGAAUGCCACUGAGAGCUUCCUCAAACUCCAAAACCAGGCCCAGCUGAAAGACCAACAGGAUUGUACACGCUUCCAAAACACUACCGAGCACUGGCUACACCUGUUCUGCGAGAAGUAUGAAUGUCCCUCGAGUAUUUGUGAUCCUGGCUGGGUCAAAUACUCAAGAAGUUGCUUCCUGUUAAUGGAUACCAGACUUAGCUGGGAGCAGAGCAGGGAAAUGUGCUCAAGCAAGCAGGGACACUUGGCCAUCGCCAACAACGACCAGGUGCAGGAUGCUGUUCCACUUCCACAGAACUUCCUCUUUGAGCAAGCUAAAGAAGCCUCCUAUUGGAUUGGAAUGACAGACUCGGUGACUGAAGGGAUCUGGAUGUGGGUGGACGGGACGAAGGUCAUGGAUGGGAAAACGGUCUGGGGGCCGGGACAGCCGGAUAAUGCCUUCAGCAGGAUGUACAGGAUGAGGGAAAACUGCGGCCUGAUGAGGCUGUGGCGCUGGUAUGACGAGGCCUGCGGGGCGAGGUUGCCGGCCAUCUGUGAGAAGAACGCCAUUCGCCUCCACCUGAUCUUCCAUCGAAUGAUGCAGAGCCGCUGA